CUGAUAUUAUAACAACAACAUCCUUUGCUUCUGCACUUCAGUCUCUGCAAGCUCUUUGGGGUGGAAGUCACAAGCUUCUUGCACUUGAGCCUUGUGCUGUGUGGGGGGUCUAUGCCUGGCAGAUGUUAAACAAUGAUUUUUUUUCAAUAAAAAAAAAUAGCCCACCUGGAGUAGGCAGCCUGGGAUCUUCUCUGAAGUGAAACUUGAUGCUUUUCAGCAAAGACACACCUCUUUCAGGGUGUUGUGCAAAUUUCUCUAUUUUAAACGUAGGGACAGGAAAUAUGAAAUGGGACAGCCAGGAUCCAAAGAUCACGUAGGCCGAAGUUUAUCAACUCUUGACAAACAGUAAAUCAGAGGCUUAUGAUGGAGCUGUUACCACGAGUACCCUGAAUUGUCAGAAGGUUGGACAUUUGGGCAAGUUGCUGCCUCUAUGCUACCAGGUUUUUGCAGCAUAGACAUUGCUCCCUCUGUCUGGAACAGCUCUGCAGGGCUUUUUUUCCCUCCUCCUCCUUGCUUCUCAUGCUUGAUUAUUUCCUGACUCUGCAGUGGGAUGGGUCUGCUGCAAAAGAUUCUGGUUCUUUUUGCAGGACUGAUCUUGGCCUUCUUUUUUUAUUCGGGAAAUGAAGACUUUAAGCCGGGUAAGUUGUUGUUGUUUUUAAGUAAAGACAUUUUAAAAUAAAAGCAGGGGGGAGACGGAGGGGGAGAAAGAGAAAGGAGUCACACUGGAAUGGUUUUUAUACAGGAACUGGUGCAAGCCUAAAAAGAAACAUGUCUGGGCGUUGCUUGCAUUGCCGAUAAUAGAAGGCUUUGCUUGGCAAGCCUUUGAAAUACAUCAUGCAACAGGCAGGGCUAUUUUUUUUCUCUUCCUGCAAACAGGUGUGGUUAGGAGGCUUGCCAUUUGGAUUCUCCAACAGCCUUUCAUAUUCUGUCUAUUUCGAAAAGGAUUGGGCUUUCUUUAAAGUUGCUUAAUUGUACAAUUGCUUCAAAAACUUCAAGAAAGCUGAACGUAUGAAGUGGCUUGAAAAAGAAAUGCAUGUUCAUGUUUAAUUAGAGUAAAAUAACAACAACAACAACAAAAAUAAAUGGCUGUCUUGGCAUUUUGCAUCCUUUUUGGAAUGUUAGUAAUUCUUAUGACUGCUGGUUUCUUGGGAGAAGAAUGCAGAUUAGACUGGAAGAUUGUUGGGACUGGGCAACUGAUCGGCAGGCAGAAAUGGCUGUUUCUCUUCUUGAGCUUCUUGUCCUUUUAGAGACUGAUUUAGGAUUGGGUGGUGUGUUUAAUGUGAUCUUUAUAAAUGGCUGUCCCUAUAUCUUGCUCUCCAGAAAUGCUGAAAGGGAAGCGUGUGAUUGUUACUGGGGCAAGCACUGGAAUCGGUGAGCAGAUGGCAUACCACCUGGCACGCAUGGGCUCCCACAUACUGAUCACUGCGCGAACAGAAGCCAAGCUCCAGAAAGUAAAUGUCAUAUACUCAUAUAUGCAUGCCUUUUACUGGGCAUGCUUCUGUAGAGUCACCUGCACACACAGGUGAUAGAUAAUGUGUAACCCCAUGAAUGUAAAAUUCAUAUUUAUGUGCAUUGGGAUAAACAUUCACAUACGGGUGACGAUAAAUUGCUAAACCUGACAGGAAGGAAGGGAGAGUCGUAUGCUUUACUAAAAUUCAGAUUUAUAUAAAUUUAUUUAUUUCCAGAUGCAAUUUAGGUUUUGCAGUUUUACCACCAGCAGAGUGUGAAUGCAUGUCUCAAUUUACAGGAAUAUCAAUUUACAGGAAUAUCAAUGCAUUUGCUCAUAAAAAUGGAAGAGAGAGGCAGUAGGUGCCGUUAAAGAAGUGUGACUCAUGGGGAAAGGGAUCCACAUAUAAGGGCAUUCAAAAAUUAUGAAAGAAAAGAUAAAAAUUUGGAGAAUUCCUGGUGGGUUGCAUGCAGGCCUUUUCUUGUGCUUACAUUACUUUCAGGUUGGUUAUGGGAUGUUUCUGAGCAUUUUUCCCCUUUCAUUCUGCAAAUCCUCUCUCCAGUGGUCUGUACUCUGCAGCAUUCCUGGGUGCCUGCAUUUCCUGAAAAAGCCAUGAUGUCCUUGGCUGCACUUUUCUGUAAGCAUGGGAAAGCGGGGAGGCUCCUGGCAGCUAUUGGCUGUUGCUGUUUGAAAAGUAAAGGGUUUUAAUUUUAUUUUUUCCUUUUAAAGAAACCAUUGAAAAAUGAUUUUUAAAGGACUUCCUUCAAAAAACAAAACAAAAAAAAACACCAAAUCAGUGAUCACACUGUUCUCUGUGCCUUGGCAGCGAGCCCUCCUGGCUUCCUAUGUUUCAAUUCAAACUCAGGGGAAGAAAUCAUGCAGUAACAUCCCCCCAUGGGCCUUUACCAGAUCAGGAAGUGCAGGCUGCUGGGAAGACUGUGGAGCUCUGGAGAAACAUUUCAUGGAAAGAAAAACACAAGACGCACCCACAGCCACUUUGCAGUGAUAAGAUAAGCCUGACCCCUCAUCCACUCAAAUUCUAAAUCCUAAAGUGAGAAAGAGGCGGGACGGUGGAAGUCUCUUCUGCAAUGGAAGAAUACUUUUUCAGAACCUGAAGAACAGAGAGUUCAGUACACAGCACUAGGAAAAACCACCCAAGGGUCACCAUGCAUGUCAAUAAUGACAAACAGCAGUGUGAGAAGCACAGAUGUGGGAAGAUUAUUGCCCUAGAGUGGAAAAAGAAACAACGCAGGAGGUUUUAUAGACAAUAGACAAUAGCAACCCACACAGCGACUUGAAAUGCUGGAACUCAACUCCAUUUGUUCCUAUUUGCACCCUUAGCCAGGCAAGAAGAGGCAGUGUGUAUUAGGUUCAUUAAGGGCCACAACUUUAUUUGUGUUUUAUACAACAAAUUCACAGUGAGACUGGAAGCUGUGCAGCCCUAAGGCCUGCCCCUCCUAACCUGAAUUGUUCACAUUGCCCCCGACAUACACAUAUUUGUAUGCAACGUCGCCUAAUAUCUUUUGAAGGAUUUUCUCCCAACAUUUUAGAGCAUUCGGGCUCAUCCUGCCAUGAUCACACAGAACUGUGGGCAUUGCCUCUGCUUCGCUUCUGGCCACUAAGCCAAGCUGAUGAAAUUGCACUGUCUGAGUAGAGAACAGGGCAUUGGCAAUGCUAUUAUCCAAUUCUGGGACAUGGCAGGCAAGAAGCAGUACUUUAAAGAUAAGGCACCAUAGUGUAAAUGACUUCACCAAAACCUUCUGAUUUCAGAGUUAGGAGAUUAACAACAUGCCCUUUUGCAAGAUUGUCAAGCCAGAAAUGGGACAUGGAGUUGGCGAACAAUCAGACACUGCCAUCAUUUCAAAGAAUUCUAAAAAUCUAAGGUCCUGUGAUUGCAUGUUAGAGCGGGAUGGGAAUGCCUAUUGGCCUGCUUCUUGGUUGGUUGCCUUUGCCAUUAAUCCAGGCGUAGGCAAACUCAGCCCUCCAGAUGUUUUGGGACUACAACUCCCAUCAUCCCUAGCUAACAGGACCAGUAGUCAGGGAUGAUGGGAGUUGUAGUCCCAAAACAUCUGGAGGGCUGAGUUUGUCUAUGCCUGCAUUAAUCUAUACCUUCUUGAGACACAUUAAGUUUAACAACAUCCAGCAAUAUCAGUCCCUGGACCCUUAUGCUCCACAAGUAGCUAUAUUUUCCCCAAACCCCAGUUGCGCUAGAACAACUGUUUACAGGGGGAGUUAACCACCAAGGACGCAGGGGGUUAAGCCUGGGACCUUUUGCCAGUGUAAUCUGUGCAUUAGCACUGAGCCAAUGCCUGCUUGGAGCUGUUAGGAUAGUGUUGGUGCAGCCAAAGUAUUGCAACACAGGAGGGGGGGAAACCUCUUUGCCAGCAGCACCCAACAUGCUCCAUCACUCACUGCAAAGUCAAGGAAGAAGGGCUGGUGAGGGGUGGAGUGAUUCCUUCAUUGAUGUGGCUUCAGCCUUGAAGCUGGUGUGCCCACUUGCAUGCAUGCAUCUGCAAGUCUAGUGUCGAGCUUGCUUCUUUCUGGCACGGGCGCACUGCCUUUCCUCCAGCCACUCAUGGGAACACAGGAAGUUGCCACUGGUCCAUCUAGCUCAGCACUGUCUCCAUCAGGGAUAGCCAGCAUGGAGCCCUCCAGAUCAUCCUUGAACAUCCAUCAUCCUUGAACAUUGGAUGAUGGGAUCUGUAGCCAACAUCUGUUGGGGGCAGCACAUUGACUACCCCAGCUGUUGUUCAACUACAACUCCCAUCAUCCCUCACUAGCAGGACCAGUGGUCGUGGAUGAUGGGAAUUGUAGUUCAAAAAACAGCUAGAGACCCAAGUCUGGGAAACCCUGCACCAGACUUUCAGCCUAGCAAGUUUUGGCAGAAGUGGGUCCAAGCUAGGGAUCUUUAUCUUUGUACACUGACUGAAUUACUUAACAGAAAAAGUAACAAAGCCUAUGAUAGGGUUAACUAACUGCAACUACGGCAGCACUCUAUGCUUAGUACAUACUUAUGCAUCACCUUUGCUUAGACUUUAAUAGCCUUUAUAUUUAAAUUAUUUGUUAUAUUGUAAAGAAGAAUGCAAAAACUAGGUACCAGUGACACUUACAAUUAAGUCUGUCAAACUGGAAUAAUGAAGAGGAUUUUCCACCUGCCCUGAUUAUAGAAAAUCCAAUGGUCUCCUGAAUAUUGUUGCAGACUUUAAAAUGCAGCUCUUGCUCAAUACAAAAUAUGGUCAUGAUUACAGACACAUUUUUAGGACUUCCAAUACAUUUGUAAAAGCAAGCUAGAAGCCUGAUAUGGCUGUGACAGCAGCUGUUGCGGUGACACCAGUAAGGGAUAAAGUUAUAAAGCCAGAGCCCAUACCCAGAAUUUGCAAGUUCAUUUUAAGAAUGUUCAAGCCCAUUUUGCUUCAUUUUGAUUUUUACAAACGAGAAAUUUGGUGUUCUUGCAGCUGGAAACUUUGAUGAAGCUGCUUUUUCCAUUGGAAAUUCCCCACUAAUAAUGCUGACCCUUUAAGCACACAGCCUCCACCCCACCCCCGAAAAAAUGUUGUGCUCAGAGUAUUCUGGUAAGCUGAACUAGCCAGCUGUUUCCUUGCAAUGCUGCAUAACAUAGGAAUUUAAUUUGCUGGGAUGCAAAAGGGGCUGAAAGGGCAACGAGCCUCCAGAAUUCUCCUUUCCUCUUUCUUUCAGGUGGUUGCUCAGUGCUUGGAGCUGGGGGCAGCAUCUGCCAGCUACAUAAAUGGCAGCAUGGAAGACAUGGCAUUCGCUCAGUCUGUGGUGAAGAAAGCAGAGGAAUUGUGGGGUAUGCUUACUUUAUAAGGACAUCAGAAGUGCUGUGCUGGAUCAGACCAAAAGCCCAUCAAGUCCAGGGCCCUGUUUGCCACAGUGGUCAACUAAUAAUAAUAAUAAUAAUUAAUACCUUUAUUGUCAAUGUACAACCUGUGUACAAUGAAAUUAACCGAGCCUCCCCCCCCGACAAACACUCAAUCUCAUUGCAGUCUGUGUGCUUGUCACACAACACACCAACCCCGAAUGUCAGUUGCACUAUAUUAUUUUCCAUUCAGCAGCCUAACAGCCCAUGGAUAGAAACUGUUUUUUAGCCUGUUGAUAUGACUGAUUAUACUUCUAUAUCUCCUACCCGAAGGUAGAAGAUUAAAGAGGUGCUGGCUGGGGUGUGAAUCAUCCCUGAGAAUUUUUCUUGCUCUCCUAAGGCAACGAUCCCUUGCGAUGUCAUCUAGCGGGCUCAGGGAACAGCCCAUGAUAUCAUGUGCUGUGUUCACCACCCUCUGUAAAGACUUUGUGUCCGUGGCUGUCAAGCCAACAUACCACACUGUGAUACAAUAUGAGAGGACACUUUCUACUGUGGACCAGUAGAAGGAGGUCAUCAGCUGUUGUUUAACACUGUUCUUUUGCAAGACCCUGAGAAAAUCGAGUCUCUGUUGGGCCUUCCUAACCACCUGAGUUAUAUUGUUUUUCCAAGUGAGGUCUUCACUAAGGUAAACUCCCAGGAAUUUAAAGGAAGAGACUCUCUCCACACCAGAUACCCAUAGGGAGCUCAUACGCAGGACAUGAAGAUAAUAGCCCUCUCCCACUCAUGAUCUCAUCAAUCAAUAUUCAGGGGUAGACUGCCACAGAACCUGGAGCUUCUACACAGCCAUCAUAAAUUGAUAGCCUUAUCCUCCAUAAUGGAUUGUUUGGUCACCUUUUAAAGCUGUCCAAGUUGGUGAUCAUUCAUCACUACAUCUUGUAGCAACAAAUUCCAGAAAUUAAUAGUGGAAAGUUUAGUGGGUCAGAGCAAUGCAGGAAACUCAACCCUGCCAUCAAGUGCCUCGCAACUCACUCCUGCUGUAUGUCUGUCCACACUGGCGCAGCACCUAUGGGUGCUUCCAGGAGGUGUUUAUUGUGGGAUGAGCACUCCCCGUAGCUGCAGAUUUUUCACAGCAUCCACAUUGGCACCAGUGCCAGCCUGUUCUCCUCUAUUUAAUCUAAGUGCAUCCUUUCUAAGGAAAAUAAAACCUGUUACCAACAUCGUUAGAAUAUUAAGGCCUUGUGUGGAAGUGCUGUGUAUUACGAGUAGAGAAAAGAAGAAUCCCAAAAUCAUCCCUGUAAAAGCGUGGGAGGAUAACGGACAAAACACUGGAAUGCAGUGCUUAUCUGUAUUCCCUGUAAUAUAUGAAUGAAUAAAAUAUUCCAGGGGAAAGGCAAGUUUGGAAGCAACCUGAAUCUCACACAAUCACUCAAUUUGAAGAGAUUCUUCUAAACCUGCUCCUCACAGUCCACUUGGAUUUUCACUAUGCUGAAUACUGUAAUUUGGUAUCAUUCACAACCUUGGUCACCGCAAUGCUCACCCUGACUCCAAAUCAUAAUAAUGUGUUCCAAUAGAACUCCUUGGUGGAACACUAGACUACUUACUCCCCUGUUUUUGUUAAAACUGCCCUUUUAUGCCUAAUAUUUAGCUAAUUAACACAUACUACUAUGCUGUGGCUUUGGUGAAGUACUUAAUCAAAGAAAAGAUGUCCUGAAAUCUUCAGUUCCAAAAUGGCCACUACCAUAGUAGUAUAAGCAUCACUCAUUAACCUGAUAGAGAAAGCUAGUCCAAGUUCUGCUAUGCUAUUAAGUGCUCUUAAAGCUUUCCAAAGCUUUCCAAAGCUUUAAGCUCUGUUUUUGAUUCUCAUGGGCUGCAACUCUCUGUGAAUCAGGAAUGUGGAGCCUUCUGGCCCAGUACGACCCCAGUUGCUCACACUCAUCAAACCAUUUUGCAGAAGCUUUUGUGACAUGAUUGCAUGGCUGACACACUGGGAACUGAACCAUGGACCUCCCUAGCUAGAAGCACACAACUGGAAGUACUCCAAAUCUACCUGAAGAGUUUGGCUCCAGUGUGAAGUGUUAACAGCCUUAUAUGCCCUGAAUCAGGCACAGGCUUGUACGGAGCAUCAUAACUCACUGAAAUAUAGAUGGCCUGAUAGAAAACCUUGCCCAGCCUUACCUCUGCUGCAGAUCAGAGCUAGAUCACACCCAGGAAAAUGUGAAUCAUUGCUUCAGGGUUGUCAUUCUAACAUUGUUUCCUUGAGAUAACAAGCCUGUUGCAAGCACAAGCUGAGUCCAGAAACUCUGGACCAAACGCAGGAAAAAAUGGCAGUGACACAGCUGAGUCCUUCAGUUAGGCACCUCAAGUUAUGCAGACACAUGGGUUGGAACCAGGAAUCCAAGUAUCUCUUAUUUUAGGAAUUAAACAGCAUUGCUAGGAUAGCUGAUCAAGACAAACAAUUCUAACAACUCUUUCUGUUUUCAGGAGGUCUAGAUAUGCUUAUUCUGAAUCAUGUUAGCCCUGCCUUCUUAAGCUAUUUCAAUAGUGAUGUUGCGUAUAUGCAAAAGGUCCUGAAUAUCAAUUUCUUAAGCUAUGUGACCAUGACAGUUGCAUCUCUUCCCAUGCUUAAGAACAGCGGAGGAAGCCUCGUAGUGGUUUCAUCCUUGGCAGGUGAGUACAAACAGCAUUUGUGUGAAGUAGCUCUCAGCGGCCUCAGAGCCUUAGAGCUCCUUAAAACAUUUCUGAAUUUCCUGCUAUGAUAGCCGUGCAUGUUGAUGACUGUGAACAUAUAUGACUGCACACUCAGCUGGUUGCAGCUUCCAAUUAUGCACACCCUCAGCCAACUCCAAAAAAGAUCACGUGUGGUGAUCAACUCACAUCUUUAAUGUGUUUUCUUACCUGAAAUGCUCCCAUUAAUGAAAAAAACCAUCUCUGAGCUGCUCACCUUGUUAAGCAAUAGCAAGGCUAGGGAAUUUUCCAUAACAGUGACUCUGGUGACUGUUCUCCUUUGUAGCGUGCAAAACAAACCGAGUGUGAAUUAUAUGGAUGGGUCUACUCAAUUCUUCCUUUGGCACUUCUGCAAGGAUGCCCUCUAGUCCCUUCUCCUCUCUCUCUGCUUGUGAGACAGGCCAGGGGUCUAAUUUUUGAGUGUCUCCUGCCACAGCUCAGAGAAGGGUAUCCAAGUGUUCUACUAUUGGUAUCUCAAUUGAAUUUCAUAUAUUCAUAAUAAUCCUCAUAGCAGCUUUACCCUAGCACAGGGGACGGGAAUCUAUAGUCCACCAGGUGUUGCUAGACUACAACUCCCAUCAACCUUAGGUCCCGGUCAGGAUGGCUAAGGGACAGGGAUGAUGGGAGUUGUAGUCCAGCAACCUCUGGAGGACUAAACUUUCUUCACUUGUGCCUAAGCAUUUGACAGGAUCUCCGGGCCACAGUCAGGCAGCCUUGUGCUUUUAUUAAGUAUGGUUCUGUACAAUUCUUCAUUGCAUUUCUAUCAGAAUGUUUCUGUUCUGCUUUAAAAUUUCACAGGCUAUAAUCAGAGUUGCAUAUAACUGCUAAUAUACAAAACAGCCCUAUAGGGGGGGUGGGGAGGGAGAAACAGUUCAUCUUGAGAGCUUUGAAAGAUAUGCAAUAUCUUUUUAAAAAUUCUUACAAGGUCCAGUUAUGCCAUAAGUUCAAGUUUCUGAGUGCUUACAUAACUUGGAAACAUUUUAUAAACAAAAUAAUAAGUAAACAAAUGGAAGCAGGAAGGGGGAAAAUAUCUCUCACAGAGAUGCAAGCAAUGCUGGUUUUACUUUGCCACCUGCAGGAUUAAAGUGGAAUUUACCCAUGACUGUACUAUUGCUAUACUGUAUUUGCAGGCAAAGUUGCAUUCCCAUUCACUGUUUACUAUUCUGCAACAAAAUUUGCCCUGGAUGGGUUUUUCAGCUCCUUGAGGCAAGAAUUUGCCAUGACGAACACCAACGUUUCCAUCACACUCUGCGUCCUUGGACUCAUCGAUACAGGUACAAUUUAACAUUUUGAAACCUGACUAUAAGGACCUGGUUUUCAUUGGCAGGUUUGUGCUGUGCUCAAAAUACUUCAGAUCUCAACUUCAACAAUGUGAACGUAAAUAUGGAACGUUUGUUCUUUGCCUUUUUUCUUAUCUAAAACACCAUAGAUUGUAAUGCCAUGAAAUUGUCAAGAAACGUCUUCUGAAGUAGGGCUUGCCCAUAAAUUAUGUUUGGACAGUGAAGCCAAUGGAUAAGGCGUGCAAAUUGCUUCUGAACUGAAUAUGCAAACUUUUGCAUUAAUGAUGAAGUGUUAUUUCUAACUCAAAAGCAUCCAUUUGCAUCAGUAGAAUAUAAAAUGGUUCCUCAGUUCUUCUCUAUAUAUCAUAUAUUAUUUAGAAGAGAAGGAACAGUGCUGAAGAGAAGAGGGCAAUGUUUAACGGUACAUUUCUAGGUCUGGAAUUGACUGUGAGCUUUCCUUCCCUCCAAACCAUGUGAGCUUCUUCGACUUCCUUUUACAUAGAGACCCUUUUACAUAAACACACACUUGCACAUGCAACGGCACAAAGACACAAGAGUUACCAUUGGAAACAGCCAGCGCAUGUAACUCAAAAUUCCUGAGAACUUGAAAGAGUGAUUUCUAACAAAUCACUUGUCUAAUGCACAAGUUGUAGGGAUCCACUUGGGCAAAACCAUGACCGGAUGGCAACCACCACAAGCUGUAAUGUUUCAUCCUAUGAAGGCAGUGCCAAAUAUGGUCUACGGUACACUCCUGAUGUGGAAACUGCCACUGCAAUUAGUCAUCUGAAUUCCUCUGAAAUCGUCUAUUCUCACAUACCACCCCCACACACUUGGAAAUUCAGUGAUGCACUACAGUGGUACCUCGGGUUAAGUACUUAAUUCGUUCCGGAGGUCUGUACUUAACCUGAAACUGUUCUUAACCUGAAGCACCACUUUAGCUAAUGGGGCCUCCUGCUGCUGCCGCACCGCCGGAGCACAAUUUCUGUUCUCAUCCUGAAGCAAAGUUCUUAACCUGAAGCAAUAUUUCUGGGUUAACGGAGUCUGUAACCUGAAGUGUAUGUAACCUGAAGCGUAUGUAACCCAAGGUACCACGGUAUUUAGUGGAAACAAAGCCAGGCAAAGUUUCUUACCAGCUUCACUAAGUCUGCAAUCCUUUACACAUUUAUCUGAGGCUGAGCCCCAUUAAACCUAAUGGGGUUUACUUCUGAGUAGACAGGUAUAAGCAGGGGUAGACAAUCUAAGGCCUGUGGGCUGGAUCGCCUUCUCAAUCCGGCCCGCAGAUGGUCCAGGAAUCAGUGUGUUUUUACAUGAGUAGAAUGUGUCCUUUUAUUUAAAAUGCAUCUCUGGGUUAUUUGUGGGGCAUAGGAAUUCAUUCAUUUCCCCCCUCCCCCCCCCCAAAAAAAUAUAGUCCGGCCCACCACAUGGUCUGAGGGAUGGUGGACCGGUCCACGGCUGAAAAAGGUUGCUGAUCCCUGGGUAUAAUUCACUCUGCCCAGUAGGCACUUGUUGACUGACUUCUUGAACAGAGGGUACCUACUUAACUCGAGCUCCUUUUCUUCCCUUAGAAACGGCCAUGAAAGCAGUUUCUGGAGUGGUCCAGAUCUCUGCAGCACCAAAGGAGGAAUGUGCACUGGAAAUCAUUAAGGGAGGAGCCCUGCGCCAAAGGGAGAUUUAUUAUGAAUAUUUCUCUACAAGAAUCCCUUUAUUGAUCCGGGACUGGGCUCCAAAUCUCCUGGAUUAUAUCAUUCAGAGGAAUUAUAACAUUGAAAAACUGAAAGAUUAACUGCUCUUUAGCUUUUCUUAUUUUAUAUAUUAGCCACACUGAGUCCCUGUCAGGGAAAAAGGCGGGGUAUAAAUAAAUAAAUAUAAUAGCACCUAGAACUUAAGAGCACUGAGAACUUAGUGCACUUGGAAAUAAAGCUCUGCCCAAAUUUCAGUUUUGGCACCCACAUCCAAAAAUCAAAUGUGAAAAUUUGAAGUCUUCGGGGUUCAUUUUUGACAGAGCUGGUUUUGCUUAUAAAAAGGUAAAGUUAUAGGUCUGUAUCCAAAGAUGUCACUCAACUGACUGUAAGUCUUCCAUUGAUAGAGGAGGGAAGGGAGGGCUUUUUAUGACAGCACCGCCUCCCAAUCUGCAUUCCCCCUCCCAAUCUGCUGUGAGACCCUUCAGAGUAGAUUUAGGGAGGCAUGGGGAUUAGAAGAAGGAAAUUGAUUUCCUUACUAUAUCACUUAUGGAAGCCUUGUUGUCAGUUGAGAAACGACGAUUGAUACAUCCCAUGAGGUUUUGCACUUUAAAAAAUAAACCAACAAAGAAACACUGAACUACCUAAAUCCAUAUUUGAAAAUGUUGUAAAAAAAUGUGUCAGGGAAAUAUAAAGUUGAUUUCUUGCAAGAAACUGUCUCCAAAAUUUUAGCUCUAGCUGCCCAGAAUGGGUACAAGGAGACGUAAAAUUAAAGCUAUAUGUAAAUAUGUCUUUAUAUUGCUUUCCCUCCUCCCUCCAGAAAAAAAGACAUUAUUUCAUUUUUAAAACCUGAUCUUUAAAGUUAUAACAUACAUAUUAUGCUACUGACUAUAUUAAGGGAUGGUUUUGUAUUUAUGGCCUUUUAAGCAAUGUUUUUUGUGCAGCCAAUGGCUCCCCCAUCUGGUGGAUUAGAUUCACAGGCACCACAUUGAUCUGAGCACAUGCCAGCGAGCUGAAACUAGGGCAUGGCAGCUCUUGAAACCAUGCUGUGCUUUAAUAUAUUGCUUCUGCGUAAGAAUUGUCUACUUUUAAAACUACUGUUAUAUAAUCUUGUUGGUCGUUUAUUUGAAGGGGGAAGCAAGUUACACCACAGUUUAGCAUUAUUCAGGAAAACCUAACUGUAAAUAUGAGAAAAUACUCUAUUGUCCCACAGCCCCCACCACUCUGGAAUGCCCUCCCAUUAGGGAUUCCUGUAUUUGAGCCCUACUUAUUUUAGCCACUGUUCAUUAGGUUGGCAAUGUUCCUGAUGUUACUAUGGUUGAUCUUUGUCUAGAUUUGUCUCUAACCGUUGCUAAAUAGCCACGUGGCAUCUUGAUCUCAAGCUAUCCUCUCCUCUCCAGAGAGUAAAUAUCAUUAUUAGGAAAUGCACCUUAUUUCAGAGUAUUCUUGUCCCAGCAAAUAGGCUUCCUAUUCAGAGAUUCAAAUGAAGUAACUCCUAUGGACUGCCAGUUCCUAUCCCCUGAAUGACCAAUAUCUCAUUCAAAGACUGACAUUGCUCCUUAAAGUAUUAGGUGAUUAUAUUUGAAUAGAAAAUGCAAUGCUGCUUAAUUAAUUUACCCCUACAUUCAGAAAGAUUGUAACCCUCACUGUGAAGUCCAGGAACCAUAAGGGGAAAGAGCAGUUUCCUGAUUCUCAGAAAUAUUAGGCAUCCAGCAGUUUUUGUUCUGUCACAUUUCUCCUAAAAGCUCAGCAUGAGAAAUGAGCUGUAUUGAAAACACAGCUCUUCUCAUUUUAUUGUAUCAAAGGCUUAGCUUAGGCAAAUUGUUAGACUUGCAGCCUGAAAGCUUUCCUCAUCAGGACACAAAAUUAUUUUAAGCUUCUCCAACUGAGACUGCGUAGAAAUGAAGACAAAUUGUUGGGCAAAGCUUGCUAUUUGAACCCAGAUGAACACAGAGCCAGAUGAAUCAGUGCAAAAGGGAUUGAUGCAUGGGUUCAUGGCAAAAUGUGAAGGAUUUUAAAGAAGAAGGGAAGGCCUAGAAAAUGAAAGGGUUUGUUCUGUUGUCCCCCAGCACAGUAAAAUCAAUACAAGUUUGAAGCUGUACAACUAUAAUUUGUCCUAUUGGUGAGGUCAGAGAUGAGAGGCAUACGUUGUCUUCUGACACCAUCAAAACAAAUAAAAUCUCAGUUUGGUGGCAACCGGGGAAAAUUUCCUGUCUGCUGUACAGGCAUGGAGGAGAAACUUGAUUAGCCAAACUUCCCCGAUUCUCACCCUCUGGAACCAUUUGCAAACUAAAACACAACCAUGCUUCAAAAUUCACACUUUCCAAAUUUUGUGGUGCAGUUCUCCAGCUAAGUAAUGUGUACAAAAAUGCACAUAGUAGGGUAAAGUGUGAAUAACAAUACAUCUAUUGGUGAAAAUAAGAUACAGUGGUACCUCGGGUUAAGUACUCAGUUCGUUCCGGAGGUCUGUUCUUAACCUGAAACUGUUCUUAACCUGAAGCAUCACUUUAGCUAAUGGGGCCUCCUCCUUACCCGAGGUAAUAUUUUUGGGUUAGCAGAGUCUGUAACCUGAAGCAUAUGUAACCUGAAGCAUAUGUAACCCAAGGUACCACUGUACAAAAUUGCAUUAUAUUAGCAGAAGUUGUUUUGUUUGUUUGUUCCGGAGCAUUCCUAGCAAAAACUCUGCUCAGAGACAGAGCUUUUAAGUGCGGACCUGUGCCUGGAAAGAGCAGGGCAAAGGGUAAGCGUGGAUAAGCCCUAUAUUAAGCAAAAUUCACACAAAAAUGUUGAUGAAUUUUCAUGAGGACUUAUUUUGAAAAAAUGCAAAUUGACUUGGAAGUGUAAAGAACUGAGCUGAAAAAUGGAAAAUCAGAAGCCAAGAGAAACCAGAUUAACAUCUUCACCCAUUCCUACUCCCAUAUCACCUAUUUAUGCUGUCAAAUCAAGACUCACUUCACUUUAGAGCACCCCAAAUUUUACAGUAAUAAUAUUUACAAUACUACAAUACUAAUGUUAUCACCUUGUUUGUUUGCCACUCUUGCCAGCCAUUUCUAAGCUCUGCCUCUAGAGUUCGUUUUCCAAUAUUCAUGACUGGACUUAGACUUUGUUUUCAGUAGACCUCACCCUCUCUUUCAGUAUCAGUAUUGUGUUUUUAUAGAAGGAAGAAUGACAGGUAACAUAAUGGGAUCCAUCGGGUGAAUAUUGCUUUAAAUAGUGAACUGGUUGGUGUGAACUUGCAAAUCAGUCCCCAAGUAAUUUUUCAAUUAAACUGAUGGGAUUAUGCAAUGGAGGGAACUGGGCUCCUCUGUGAUUGUGAGAUGCUUGUCCUACAACUUCUCACAACCUACUACUGUAGGAUUGUACACCAAGGAAAGUGCCUUCUAACUAAGGGCAUACAUUAAAAUAAUAUCUACUAAAACA